AUGGCUACCGCCUCGGCGCCGCUGCAGCUCGCCACCGCGUCCCGCCCGCUCUCCGGCGGAGGCGGAGGCGGGGGAGUACACGUGGGCGCCCGCGGCGGGGCCGCGCCGCAGGCUCGGCGGCAGCGGAGGAUGGCGGCGGUGCGGAGCGUGGCGAGCGAUCGCGGGUUGCAGGGGUCGGUGUCGCCCGAGGAAGAGAUUCCAAGUGUGCUAAAUUCCAUCGAUUCCUCUACCAUUGCAUCAAACAUUAAGCACCAUGCAGAGUUCACGCCCGUGUUCUCCCCAGAGCACUUUUCACCCCUAAAAGCUUACCAUGCAACUGCUAAAAGCGUUCUUGAUACUCUGAUAAUGAAUUGGAAUGCAACAUAUGACUAUUAUGACAAAACAAAUGUGAAGCAAGCAUAUUACCUGUCCAUGGAGUUUUUACAGGGAAGAGCUCUCACAAAUGCUGUUGGUAAUCUAGAGCUAACUGGAGAAUAUGCAGAAGCACUAAAACAACUUGGACAGAGCCUAGAGGAUGUUGCUACCCAGGAGCCAGAUGCUGCCCUUGGCAAUGGUGGUCUAGGCCGGCUAGCUUCCUGUUUCUUGGAUUCUCUGGCAACCCUAAAUUAUCCAGCAUGGGGAUAUGGACUUCGAUACAAACAUGGCCUCUUUAAGCAAAUUAUAACUAAGGAUGGUCAGGAGGAGGUAGCUGAAAAUUGGCUCGAGAUGGGAAAUCCUUGGGAGAUUCUAAGAAAUGAUGUCUCAUAUCCUGUGAAGUUCUAUGGUAAAGUGGUUGAAGGCACCGAUGGGAGGAAGCACUGGAUUGGAGGGGAAAAUAUUAAGGCUGUUGCUCACGAUAUCCCUAUUCCUGGCUACAAGACUAAAACUACCAACAACCUUCGUCUUUGGUCGACAACAGUACCAUCACACGAUUUUGAUUUGGAAGCUUUUAAUGCUGGAGAUCAUGCAGGUGCAUAUGAGGCUCAUCUAAAUGCUGAAAAGAUAUGUCACGUAUUAUAUCCUGGGGAUGAAUCACCAGAGGGGAAAGUUCUUCGUUUGAAGCAACAAUAUACAUUAUGCUCAGCUUCACUACAGGAUAUUAUUGCUCGUUUCGAGAGGAGAGCUGGUGAUUCUCUCAGCUGGGAGGACUUCCCAUCUAAAGUUGCAGUUCAGAUGAAUGACACUCAUCCGACACUGUGCAUUCCUGAGUUAAUGAGAAUAUUGAUUGAUGUUAAAGGAUUGAAUUGGAAUGAGGCUUGGAGUAUCACAGAAAGAACUGUGGCAUACACAAACCACACGGUGCUUCCUGAAGCUCUUGAGAAGUGGAGCUUGGACAUAAUGCAGAAACUUCUUCCUCGACAUGUCGAAAUCAUAGAAAAAAUCGAUGGGGAGCUGAUGAACAUCAUCAUCUCAAAAUAUGGAACGGCAGAUACUUCACUGUUAAAAAAGAAGAUUAAAGAAAUGAGGAUCUUAGAUAACAUUGACCUUCCUGAUUCUAUUGCCAAACUAUUUGUAAAACCAAAAGAGAAAAAAGAAUCUCCUGCUAAAUUGAAAGAAAAGCUGCUUGUCAAAUCUCUGGAGCCUAUUGCUGUUGUUGAGGAGAAAACGGUGUCCAAAGUAGAGAAAAACGAGGACCCUGAGAAGGUGGAGGCAGAUUCUGAAGAAGUUGUGGAGGCAGAAAAUGAGGAACCUGAGGAUGAGUUAGAUCCAUUUGUAAAAUCAGAUCCUAAAUUACCAAGAGUUGUCCAAAUGGCUAACCUCUGUGUUGUUGGUGGGCAUUCAGUUAAUGGUGUGGCUGAGAUUCACAGCGAAAUUGUGAAAGAAGACGUAUUCAACAGCUUCUAUGAGAUGUGGCCUGGAAAAUUUCAAAAUAAAACAAAUGGAGUGACUCCUAGACGUUGGAUUCGGUUUUGUAAUCCUGAAUUAAGUGCAAUAAUAUCAAAAUGGAUAGGCUCUGAUGAUUGGAUUUUGAACACUGAUAAGCUCGCAGAAUUAAAGAAGUUUGCUGAUGAUGAGGAUCUGCAAUCAGAGUGGCGUGCUGCUAAAAAGGCUAAUAAGAUGAAGGUUGUUUCUCUAAUAAGAGAAAAAACAGGAUAUAUCGUCAGUCCAGAUUCAAUGUUUGACGUGCAGGUGAAAAGAAUACAUGAAUAUAAGCGGCAGCUGCUAAAUAUCCUUGGAAUUGUCUACCGCUACAAGAAGAUGAAAGAAAUGAGUGCAAAAGACAGAGUAAAGAGCUUUGUUCCAAGGGUAUGCAUAUUUGGUGGGAAAGCAUUUGCCACUUACAUACAGGCAAAGAGGAUAGUGAAGUUUAUUACAGAUGUUGCAGCUACGGUAAAUCAUGAUCCAGAAAUUGGAGAUCUGUUGAAGGUUGUAUUCAUUCCAGACUAUAAUGUUAGUGUUGCUGAGGCACUAAUCCCCGCCAGUGAAUUGUCUCAGCAUAUCAGUACUGCUGGAAUGGAAGCUAGUGGAACCAGCAAUAUGAAGUUUUCCAUGAAUGGAUGUAUCCUUAUUGGAACUUUGGAUGGUGCUAAUGUGGAAAUCAGAGAGGAGGUUGGAGAGGAAAACUUUUUCCUUUUUGGUGCUGAGGCACAUGAAAUUGCUGGUUUAAGGAAAGAGAGAGCCCAGGGAAAGUUUGUGCCUGACCCAAGAUUCGAAGAGGUUAAGAAAUAUGUCCGCAGUGGGGUCUUUGGAACUUACAACUACGAUGAAUUGAUGGGUUCUCUGGAAGGAAAUGAAGGCUAUGGACGUGCAGAUUAUUUUCUUGUUGGCAAAGAUUUCCCCAGCUACAUUGGAUGCCAGGAGAAGGUUGAUGAAGCAUACCGCAAUCAGAAACUAUGGACAAGGAUGUCGAUCCUGAACACAGCUGGCUCCUCCAAGUUCAGUAGCGACCGGACGAUCCACGAGUACGCCAAAGACAUCUGGGACAUCACCUCUGUCAUCCUGCCGUAGAAGAGGACACCAGCGGCUCCCAGCCGGGCGACCUUCAGUGCCAAGGUGUGACAGCAGCCAGCAGGCAUCUGCCUCAGCUCCUUCAUCAGCAGGAUGGUUCGCUAGCUCACAGUUUUGUGUAGACAAACGCAUGUUCAGGCAUCGAUAAAAACGCUGGAACCAUGCAUUGUAGCAGUGUCACCUAGCCUGAAAACACCCUUGUUUACCUGUGAUCUCUAGCAGCUUCUGCUCAUGUGCUCUGGUUUUUUGAAGUGAAUGAACUAUUGUGAAGGAAGGGGAUUGGUUGGUGGGGUUGCUUAGUUGUGUGGAUUCCUUUGCAAUCUCAGGUCACUAGC